GCUCAUUACUCAGACUUCACGCCGCGAUGUCCGCCGAUUCCAUCGUAUCGGCCGCCGAUGCCGCCGCCGAUGCUUCCGAAGCCGCUGAUGCCGAAGCCGCUGAUGCUGGCGCCGGCGACGCCGGUGACGCCGCCGGUGACGCCGCCGGCGACGCCCCUGCGUUUGAGUCGAUUCAAGCGCAGGAAAUGGUGGUAUCGAGACUAGACGAGACCACGGUGGAGGAUUUGCCAACGCUGAUGCACAUACUGACCCACAACGUUUUGUGGCGCGAGCGCUUGGCGCAGCGAUUGUUGGUGAUGGCGAAAGACGAGGAGGCAGCCGCGGUCAUUGCAGAAGAGGUAAAGCCGCUGGUGACCUGCAACCAGUGGAAGCUGCGGCGCUGCAGCUGGCGGAUUUUGUCGGCAUGCUCCAUGGCGAGUACCAGCUGCUGGCAGUGCAUGCUCCAGUGCAUGGAGCACCCGGAUGGCCCAGUGCGGCGCGAUGCGCUGCAUGCACUCAAGAGCCUGAAGUCCAGCCCAUGUCCGCCAGAGCUGGAGCAGGGCAUUUGCGAAAGCAUUGCCAGCCUGGCGGACGACGAGGACCCCUGCGUACGCCUCGCAGCCUUAGAGGCGUGCGGCGACAUGAGCCCCGGAGACGAGGAGGCGCGUGCGGCGAAUUUCGCGCUACUGAUGCGGCGCUUGGAGGAUGAAGAUUUGGACGUGCGGAGCCAGGCUGUGUGCCUGUUGGUCACCUCCGUGUUGAGCGGCAACAUCGACGACCGCCACUGGGCCCUGCAGAUGCCGAGCGCCAUCGUGAAAGCGGCGUCGCCAGCCUCCUCUUUCCUCCUGAGGAUGUGCGCCCACAGCCUGAAGCAUUUGUGCUCCAUGGGCAGCGGCGUGGCGCAAGCCGAGCUCACCAAGCUCUCCCGGCAUUGGGACCCAGAGGUGCGGAAUGUGGUGUGCUCGGCCUUGGGCCGCGCGACGGCGCAGGAGGAGAAGCACGCCAUCAUUCGCUACCGCUGGAAAGUGCCCAACCUGCUCAAAGGCGUGCAGAAGGACUUCUCACCAGAGAUGGAGCGGCAGCUGGGCUUGUGCAUGGCCCGAGCCCCCGCAGGAGGCGGCGAAGGAUGGCGCACGCAACUGAAACAAGCGGACAAGGAUGACAUGGAGCCUACCGAGUGUGCAGCGCUUUGCUUCAAGCACUUUGCGACUCAAGAUGGCCGGCACCGGCUCGCCAACGCGCUGAGUCCCCCCGAGCCAAGUUUCCCGGGGGACUUCUGCAGCGCGGCGGAGGUCAAGGUGGCGAAGCGCCUGGCGGAGUUGCUGAAGAACCCGGCGGAGCUCAAAAGCAAAGCGGGGCCCAAGACCCGGUGGCAGGACUUGGCGCACGGACGGGCGAACGCCUAGUUGAAAAAGGGGC